GUCUCCUUCCUCUUUUUGGUCUUCGCCGACCUCACCGAAUGUCUCAAGCCGCCAUGCCUCUGCGCAACGGCAUUCUUUACAGCAAUUUUCAUCGCCGCAUCUUUCUUCACAUGUGCCUCAUUUCGCGCGUAGGCAAUCUCAGACGCAGACGCAUAGUUAUUCCUUUAUACAAGCGCAGAUGCAUUCGCAAGGUCCCAGAUUUGGGAUGCAGCACUUGGCGAACGCUCAAUUCUCGUUGGACCUUGCGAGCCCAACGGAUUCGCCGGUUUCUUCUGGUAGCUCGCAGGGUGGUUCUGUUUCCGGGUCGGCUGGAUCGCCAGGCUCGUUGUCUCCUGUAUCCUCGACGUCGCCGCGUACCGCAGACUUCAGCUCUCCACGCGCACCAUCACCGGAGCGACGAUCACACAAGCAGGAUCAUACGUCUGAGCAGCAACAGCGUCCUCGACAAGGUUCGAACGGUGCUCAACGGGCGCAAGAGAGGAAGCAACAGCAACAGCAUCCGGCGACCAGCCAAGGACCAGGUCAGGGUCGGUAUCGUCAUCAGCCUGUUACGUCUAGGUCGCAUAGAAUCACUGUGCCUAUACAAGCUGAAGAUCAGCCGGGAAGGGAAUCGGAAGAAGGAAGAGAUAGUAAUGUGACCAGCCAACCUUCCUCUAGUCCGCGAUCAAUGCGCGCGUCGAUGGAUAAGCCGCUACCUCCCCUUAGGUUAUCAGAUAUCCAGUCAUCAGAAAUACCAGAGAUGGUCCAAGAGAUGGGCAUGGAACAAGAUGCCAGCUCGCAUUGCGCGACUAUCUCUCAUCACGAGCAUGAGUCGUCCAGAAUCGGUCCUGGGUACGAUAAUAACAGGGUGGGGUCCUCCUCUGUUGCGAACUCACCAACAUCGAAUCGUGUGGAGUAUCCUGGGGAAAACCAGACUGGACAGGCUAUCUCAACGGCUUCGCCAGGAUGGGAGGAACGCUUCUCUCGUGCUGUAUCGCAGUUACAACUAUAACUUUGCGCUACUCUGCAUGCACUCAUGGGUCCACGCAGUUCGUUCGUGCGCUCAUUGUCGAGACCUCUCUUAGCACGUCGUGACUCAAGUUACUUUACCUCUAGCCCGUCGUAUGAAGACGGCUCAUACAUGGAUACGGAGAUCGUCCCAUCCAUCACUUAUCUACCAUUGACUUUGGCCUAAGUUAGCCACUCUUAACUGAUCAGAGUCCAGAAUUCACAUUCACUUCUUUCUUUGUUGCUCUGCACAUUCAAUGAUUCACCGUCAAUCGUCAAUGUUAUUGCAUUAGCCUUUUUCUUUUCAUCCUCUGCCAUAAGCUUUCAAUAGUUUCAACCAACGCUGUGUCAUGCAAUUUGAUUUCGUAUGCUUUUAAAUGAAAUGCAGCAGCAGCAUGUCAUGUAUCGUAUUGUUCUUAAUA